GCGACUAUUAUUUUAUUUAUUUUGGGUCGUGCACAAGCCUCAGUGCCUGCAGCCCGCGCCUUCUCGGCCCGCGGGCGCCUCCUCUUUCGGCUCCGGAGCCUCAGACCCCGGCCGCCCUCGUCUCGACACCCCCAGACCCCCGCCAGCUGUCGCGAGUCCCCGCUGCUGGAAUCUUGUUAGCGGCUGUCUUUUGGGGGGUUCUGGUUUCCCGACAUUUUUGCUUCCAGCCAAGGAGAGGAUAUCGUGAUUUUUCCCCCUUUGAGCCCAGGCUCUGCUCUCUGGGGGGGUGGGGGGCGCGCCGAGCCGGGGAGCCGUGCCAGCCGAGUCGUGCGGGCUGUGGCAGGGAAGGGGCCACCAUGGGAUGUACUCUGAGCGCAGAGGAGCGAGCCGCCCUCGAGCGGAGCAAGGCGAUUGAGAAAAACCUCAAAGAGGAUGGCAUCAGCGCCGCCAAAGACGUGAAAUUACUCCUGCUGGGGGCUGGAGAAUCAGGAAAAAGCACCAUUGUGAAGCAGAUGAAGAUCAUCCAUGAAGAUGGCUUCUCUGGAGAAGACGUGAAACAGUACAAGCCUGUUGUCUACAGCAACACCAUCCAGUCCCUGGCAGCCAUUGUCCGGGCCAUGGACACUUUGGGCAUCGAAUAUGGUGACAAGGAGAGAAAGGCCGACGCCAAGAUGGUGUGUGAUGUGGUGAGCCGGAUGGAAGACACCGAGCCCUUCUCUGCAGAGCUGCUGUCUGCCAUGAUGCGGCUCUGGGGUGACUCAGGAAUUCAAGAGUGCUUCAACCGGUCUCGGGAGUAUCAGCUCAAUGAUUCUGCCAAAUACUACCUGGACAGCCUGGAUCGGAUUGGGGCCGCCGACUAUCAGCCCACUGAACAGGACAUCCUUCGAACCAGGGUCAAAACGACCGGCAUCGUAGAAACCCACUUCACAUUCAAGAACCUCCACUUCAGGCUGUUUGACGUCGGGGGCCAGCGAUCUGAACGCAAGAAGUGGAUCCACUGCUUUGAGGACGUCACGGCCAUCAUUUUCUGCGUCGCACUUAGCGGCUACGACCAGGUGCUCCAUGAAGAUGAAACCACGAACCGCAUGCACGAGUCUCUCAUGCUCUUCGACUCCAUCUGUAACAACAAGUUCUUCAUCGAUACCUCCAUCAUUCUCUUCCUCAACAAGAAAGAUCUCUUUGGUGAGAAGAUCAAGAAGUCACCUUUGACCAUCUGCUUUCCUGAAUACACAGGCCCCAAUACCUAUGAAGAUGCAGCCGCCUACAUCCAAGCACAAUUUGAAAGCAAAAACCGCUCACCCAACAAAGAAAUUUAUUGUCACAUGACUUGUGCCACAGACACGAAUAAUAUCCAGGUGGUAUUCGAUGCCGUCACCGACAUCAUCAUUGCCAACAACCUCCGGGGCUGCGGCUUGUACUGACCUCUUGUCCUGUAUAGCAACCUAUUUGACCGCUUCACGGACUCUUUGCUGUUGACGUUGAUCUCCUGGUAGCAUGACCUUUUGGCCUUUGUAAGACACACAGCCUUUCUGUAUCAAGCCCCUGUCUAACCUACGACCCCAGAGUGACUGACGGCUGUGUAUUUCUGUAGAAUGCCGUAGAAUCCGGUUUUAGUUGAGUCUUUACAUUUAGAAUUUGAAAGGAAAAAACAUUUCUCAUGUGCUUUGUAGCUU